GGAUCAGUGGCUGGCUAUGCUCCAGACGCCUUUGCUUACACGUGCUGCAUCAGUGCCUGUGGAAGGCCAAGCAGAUGGAUAGACUCCGUGCUGAUGUUUGGACUCAUGAGGAAGUACGGUCCACCUCCAAGUGUGGUCACGUGCAAUGCCGCGCUUGGAUCGAUCGGCAAAGCGAGACGGUGGGACUUGUCCAUCAAGCUUCUUUACAAAAUGUGUCGGCCUGAGAGACAUGGACUUCCAGCAGCAAAUAGCGUGACAUUCAACACAGCCAACCCGGCAGGCUGCAACCACAACCAUUGAGGCUUCAUGCUGGCCUUUAGCAGUAUGGCUGUGCGCCAUGCUGUGCUUGGAGGGCCUGCAGCCAGAUGAAAUUACCCACAACAUUCUCGUAAGUGCAGGUCAAGCUGCCAGCAACUGGAAGCUGGCCCUGGAUCUUUCGUGCAGGAAGUCUAGUGUGGUUGCAUUGACGACAGCCAUUGAUGCUUGCGCCAGCUCUAGCUGCUGGGAAGCAGCCUUGGCGUUGCUAUUCAGUGGCCCCACGCCCAACGUAAUGACCUUUGGGGCAGCAGCAAGCGCCUUUGCAAAGAGUGGACAGUGGCAAUGUGCAGAACGUUUGUUGGCAGUCAUGGGCAGCUGUCAGGUCCGCCCAAACGUUAUUGUGUGUUCCAGUGUCAUCAGUGCCUGUGAUGAAGGGCAGGAGUGGGAGCGAGCUGUGGCGUUACUUGCGACCAUGCAGGAGGCAGGCCCGCGACCGAACAUCGUGGCCUACAAUGCAGCCAUAAGCGCUUGCGCACAUUGCGGCCGCUGGCAAGAAGCUCUAGAAGUGUUGAGCUCUUUGCACGGUGAAUGCCAGCUGGAUUCAGUCUCCUUGACGUCUGUCUUAAGUGCAUUUGAGUUCGCGUCAAGGUGGGCUGAGGCAUGCAACUGCUUCGCAACUUCGAAGAAUUUGGACCUUUGUCCUUCAACAGCAGAGAAGUGCACUGUCCUAGCAGCAUGCUCCAAAACCCUGCGUUGGGAAGAGGCCAUUCAUUGUAUAACGAGUCCACACAGCCUUCCAGUGUGCAAUGCCGCUAUUGCGGCAUGUGGGCAGGGACACAGCUGGAGUUCUUCACUUAGACUGUUUCAACAUCUACGUCGAAGCGGAUGGCAAGCUGACGAGUUCACAAGCGGAGCCUUGGUGAACAUUUGCGGAGUCUCUGACGAAUGGGAACGUUCCUUGUACUUCUUGAAGCUCUUUCAUGGAUGCAGCUCACAAGCACAAGAAGCUGAAGUCUUCGCACAAAGUAAAGCGAACACCAGAAGCACAGCGAGCUCGCUUGCGGAUGCCGUGACUGUAAAUGCAGCCAUGAGCGCCUGUGAGGGCCGAAGCAGCUGGGAAUAUUCGAUUUCGUUGCUUUCAACUAUCCCACAGCAGAGACUUGACACGGAGAUGUUUGCUUUAAACUCCGGCAUCAGUGCACUCUCAUGGAGCUACAGUGGGGAGUGGCAGAAGGCCUUGGCAUUCUUAGACCUUAUUGCUCUCCAGAAGCUUGACCCAACUGAUGUCACUUGGAACGCGCUGGCAACUGUGGCCCACAAGACUGCGCAAUGGCAAUUCUGCUGCUGGCUGCUCGACCAAAUGGCAGAAUUAGAUCAGUUACCAGAUGUGCUUGCUUUAGAAGCAGCAGUGUUGGCAUGCGAGCGCUCUGGAGCCAACUACAUGCCUCUUUUGGAGGACCUCAGUACAAAAGCUCAUCAGCUAGUUCGACCAGCAAAAGAGUCGGAGCAACGCUUUGGGUGGCAAGUUUCUUAAGGAAGCACCUCACCAAUGACAGAGCAAUUGAACUGUCUUCAUCUUGCCCCGCACAAAAACAGUUGCAGCUCCGGCUCAAAUUAUU